UCAUAUAUUGUUAUAACAUAUGUCAUUCUAUCGUCAACAUUGGUGGGAUAUAUGUUUUAAAACGUUCGACAUGGCGAUUUUAUUAAAACUUCUUAUAUUGAUAAGCGUACCGGUAUUAAAUGUACUCGGUGUUUCUAAAAAGAAGGGAAUUGUUCAUAUGGUGGGAGACUGGAUGUGUGGCGACGACAAGGCCCUUGACAACAUAGCCUGGUGGUAUGACUAUUCACCAAAUCGUGAUUUCUUUACCUCAAGAAGCCAAUGCUCCCCAUUCAAAACCAGUAAGUUGUACAGCGACUCCUUCGUUCCAAUGGCUUGGGGCCUUUCUUCAAAACUUGUUCUUCAUAACAAUGAAAAGUACUGUCUGGCGUUCAAUGAGCCCAAUCAUAUCAGCCAAUCAGAUGUGACUGCACGAGAGGCAGCCGCAGCCUGGCCAGAACUGGAAAAGAGAUGCAAAGGUGCAAAACUGGUCAGUCCGUCGGCCUGUAUAUGUGGUGAAAUGUGUAACGAUAAACCCAUACAUUGGUUCGAUACAUUUUUUGAACUAUGUAAGGACUGUCGGGUUGACUAUAUUGCCACGCAUACUUUUUCAUGCAACGCCAAUAAAGUGAUGAAAUAUUUGGAGGACCUCUAUAAUAGAUACGGAAAACUGAUUUGGCUCACUGAAUUUACAUGCGGACAACUAGAUAACACAGAAAUCAUGAAGCUCUUUAUGAAGCAAAUUUUGCCGAGGCUUGAAGCUGCUCCAUAUAUUUUCAGAUUUGCUUGGUAUAAAGGGCGCGUAAUAACCAACCAUUACGUCAGAAAAGCCGCAAGCCUGCUCAAACAAGACAAACCUGAGCUAACAGAAUUAGGAAAGAUUUACAAUGACUAUGAUGGAGGACCUAUACCGCUAGAUGAUGACGAAGGUGAUAAUGAUGCCGGCCAGCAGGAUGAUGAAGACGCUCGACUAGAAAGCAUCAUUGGAGUUACCAAGGCGGAAGCAAUGAUUCUCGCUCCGGCGUUUACCGAUUACUACACUGAAUGGUAUAAGAUAUUCGGUGCGAUCGAAAAACAACUUGACAAACUUCUUCCGACAGUGGCAGGUUUCUAUAUGUCAGGCCCUAAAGCGGAAGUAAAGAACAGAAUUAAGACAGCAUUGCAGAAAAUUAUCUGUACUGAUCCGGAAGAGAUCGAUGACAACGAUAUCAGUGCCGAGGCUGAGAGAAUCAGAAAUCUUGAACCGACUGCGAAGAAGAAGCAAUCGCUUAAACGUCCUGGAUGUUAGACUCCUCACGGAAUGGAUACGCAACUAUUAACGAAACUAUUCUAAAAUGUCAUUUUUUUCUUUACCUAAAGUUGGAUUGCUUGUCCAUAAAAGGGAGGCAACCAGCGUUUCUUUGCUUACUGCUCUAACAUUAAAGGGAGUCAACCUAUACCUAAACGAAGACAUCAUUGUUUAGCUGAAAUAAAAAAGGGAGACAACUUAUGAUUUACAGUUUAAAUGUUAAUUUGCUUUAAUUAAUAGAACAACCUAUCGA